UUUUAUUUAAUCAUGUACCUAUCAGCAAGAACACAAGGAAGAUUAGCAAACUUAAUCAUCACAAUCGCAGAAGGUGAAAAGAAAACAGAGAUGGUGCGUUAAGUGUUAGCAGAACAAAAAAUGUUCGAACCAUAUACUGCCUUCAGAAGAUUGGAUCAACUUAGAACAGGAGAAUUAACUGUUUCUGACAUAGUAGAGUUCUUGGCGGAUAAUAAAAUUUAUCCAACCAAGGUCCAAUCUGAUUAUCUCUUUAGGAGACUCGAUCUUAAUAGAGAUGGAAGAAUCACUUAUCCUGAGUAUUAUAUUUUGUAAUGUGAUUAGCUUCGUUAAAGCCAUAUUGCCAAAAGAAGACUCGAGAUUGAGACAAAUUGCAUCCCUUAGAGACAGUUACUACAUUGAAGUCAAUAUGCUNUCUUUAAUUGAACUAAAAAACAGUUAAAAUGUUCUGAAAUUAUUUCUCAGAAAUUUUAGUUCAUUCCAAAAAUAGGUUUUAUAGUGUUUCUAAUUCUCCUCUGGUAAAAAUAUAUUCUGUUUCUGUGGCUUCAUUAAAAGUUGUUGGAAUGGUUAUGAUUUUAUUAUAAAAAUAUUAAUAACGUAAAUGAUUAGUUCUAAGGAAAUAUACUAAAAUGUGUAGCUAACCUAUCAAAUUUAUCAUUAGAUUAGAUUCAAAAUUUAAGUAAAGCUUAUUUUCAUUUAUUAUAUAAUUUUUCUUAAAAAUAGAGGCAGUUAUUUUUAAGAGUAUUGCCUCUAUUUUUUAUAUUCAAGUGUAGAUAUAUAUAAAUAUUAAUGUCAAUCCUUCUAAAUAUCUAUACCAAAUUAUUUGCAUAUUUUUUAUGGAUAAACUUAAUGA